AUGGAUCCUCUGUCCAUCGCUGCGAGCACCGCCGGAUUGCUCACCCUCACGGCCCAAAUCAUAACGCGGGGCUAUGCGUGCAUGAUGCGACUGAAGAGCAACGACGACGAUGUCCGCACAGCCGUCAACGACGUCUCUAGCUUCUCGGGGAUCCUCAUGGCAAUCGAGUCGCAAUGCAAAGAGCGCGGUGACGACAUUGCCUCGCCUAUGAGUCACCUCAUCAUCAAGAAUCAACCAUUAUGGAAGAAGAAGGUCGAUGAGUGCGAAGCGGUGCUGGUGGAGAUGCUUGAAAUCCUGGGCACACUCACCAAGGCGAACAAGGCACAAUUGCUUGUCAAGGGCAACAGCCUUUGGGAGAAGCUUCAGAAAUCUACCACUCAGAUCGAGACUUCAAAGAGCUUCUUUAUAUUAUGUUUGCAACUACAGAAUAAAUUUACGGACGAGGCAACGAAAUCGCAAGACCAGCUUCUCGGGGCUCUCAUCACACAGCUUCUUGAUAACCUGCCAGAAGACUCGCCUCUUCCUGAUAGCCUCACCUCGAUGAUGAAACGAUCUCGAUUCUCGUCAUAUCCCCGCGUCUCAAGACUCAAACCGGUCUUCUUAGAGCUUUGCAAAGCUCACGCAACAGUCUACAUCGUUGUUGACGGUUUGGAUGAACUUGAAAAUCUCAGAGACAUCCUAGGUAUCUUUCGAUCUCUCAAUAUGUCACAGACCACUUCGAUAAAGCUUUUCGUCUCCAGCAGACCAAACACAGAGCUGAAGACUGCCUUCGCAUCAUACAUCAAUGUUGAGAUCUUGCCCGAAGAUGUUGAGUCUGACGUACAAAUGUUUGUGCGUGAUAACUUGGAGGAACUCCUCUCUGGGAACGAAGAGGAAAUAGACCCUGGUCUACUUGUUAUGGAACUCGCCACGCGAGCUGGUGGCAUGUUUCUCUGGGCUGUAUGUCAGGUCCAAUACCUGUCGCGUAUUAGGACCACCAUCACCCCGGAUCUCAUCGCAACACUACCACCAGCACUCGAGAGCAUCUUCGAGAACGUACUCAUGACGCUCGAAGACAAGGACCGGAAGAUGACUCUCCGCAUAUUGCAACUGGUCAUGUUUGCAAUGAGACCCUUAGAUCUCUCCGAAAUUGACGAGGCCAUAGCGAUUUCACCCUCCAGCAAAAGUCUAGCCGGGCUGCUUCGCCUGCGCCAGAAAGAUGUCAUACUGGAACUGUGUGGUUGUAUGCUCUCUCAGUCGCCUCGAACCAAGAAGAUCCAGCUUGCACACAGUUCAGUUUACGAAUUUCUCACUCGGAAGACGACUGAGUCCAGUGCGGUCCACGACCAUUUCCACUUCGACGACAUGACUUCGCAUAGAGAGCUCUUUGUGACUUGCGUUCGGUACCUCAGCAUGAACGAUUUCGACUCGGACACAUUUCGGGAGACAUUUCGCCUCGCUCAAGAUGGGGGCCACGCCGACUCGGAUCUGCAGGCUUUUGCAAAGGCACCAUUCCUCGAUUAUGCCGUCAGCCACCUCAUUUCUCACAUGAAGAAAAUUGAACUUGCGAAUGAUUCCGAUAACCGCGGUUCUAUGGGUUUAGCCGAGAAGUUCUUCUUUGAAGAUAGCUCCACGUUUACGUCUUGGCUCUUGGUUCGACAAUAUCUUGAUGGCACGUACAGAAACCCGCCUGGUAGCAACGCAUAUCAUAUUGCUGCCAUUUACGGCAUUGAACAGGUCUUUGGCUUGGGUCCUGAUCAGUACGGCCUCAAAGCACAAACCUUAGACGGCAGAAAUGUGCUGCAUCUCGCACUAGAGAACCAGCAGUGGGAGAUCGUUGACGCAAUUCUGCGUCUGGGGUUGGGAGAUCUCCUUAGCGACUUCGAUAAGCAAGGACGCUCUCCUCUGCACGUUACGGUUGAGCUCGGCAAUACCUUCAUGGUUCAGCGCCUCAUAGAAGGAGGAGCAGACCCCAACCUCGCCAGUCCCCUCAACCAGGGCCGAACUCCAAUCUUCAUGGCUGUAGAAAACAAGUGGGAUGAGCUCACCGAGUAUCUCUCAGGCAAAGCCAAUCUAGAUAUUUGCCUUGACGAUGGACGCUCGCUCCACCACGUAGCCGCGCAGUCUGGAAGCCCCGAAUGGAUCACCGCGUUAGAGGGUAGUCAUGGAGGCAGUACAACGACGCCGAGCCCUGCCAACCGUGUCGGUAGCGUAAGACGCGACGAUAACGGCUGGACACCUCUCCAUUACGCGGCAGAUCUUGGGCAUACAGACAUUAUUCCCAGGCUCAUGGCCAGUGGAUAUGCGGCUAAUGAGGUGGACAAGAACGGUUGGACUCCGUUGCACGCAGCGAUUCGAAGGCGCUUUAUCAAAAGCGCUAAAGCGUUACUAGAUCGUAUGGCGCCUAUGCCUCUUAGUGACGAUUCUGUCAGCAGACUCCGAACCAACAGGCCCGGCUCCUCCAUGACAGUUCCUGAGCCAUAUGAUUACUAUGGCCUACAAACGGACACAAGCUCCUUCACAUUUUCCAACCCUUCAGCGUCGCGGCCUUCAGAAUCCGGAAAAUAUGGUGCUCAUUUCAAUCCGAGAAAUGAGCCAACGCCUGUGGCCGCCAGUCAGCCACAACCAGCAUACACUUACAAUAGCCUACGCUCACAGCUCACCGCCCCAAUCUCAGGUCUUCUGUCGGCUGUUACCGGGAGAGCAGCGCGGCCACCUGGGGGCGAUCCGGCGACGAGUCAACUAAACAGAAUACCAACAUCGCCAGAGCCAGCGGUCAGCCUGCGGCGAAAUCCACGACCUGGGGGCGGAGACGACAGGUUCCCUUCUAGCUCUUCGACCAGGGAAGCUUUGCGGCAUCGAGCCUUGUCACCACUUUAUGUGGCCGUUGCAGAUGCAUACACGGAAGGCGUCGAACUCCUCGUCAAGCAUCGAGCCAAGCUUCCGGCCUGGGGCCUGACGGAGGAGGAAAAGGCCAAGUGUCUUAAAAUGGCGCUCGAAAUAUCCAAUACUUCCAUUGCCAUGCCUCUUCUCGAGCUCUUUGGGGAGGAGAACAUUUGGGAUGCCAUACCGCAGUUGAUUGUAACAGGAAACGACGAAAUCAUUGGCAAAGUCAAGGCCCGUAUCUCAGAAGAAACGGCUUACAAAGUGCUGAUUGGAAAGGGCCUGCACACUAAACAAAUCGACAUGGUUAGCUUCGUCCUGACGACGUGGCCGAAGCCCUUCGCGGAUUUGGCUGUAUUGGCAGUUGAACUUUGCGCUGCUAGUAUGCCGAAUCAGGACACAGCGACCUCUGAACUGCUUGAAACCAUGGUCCAAAAGUACGUUGCUGAUUUCAUCCGUGACACCGAUCAAGCCGCACAAGACGGGAAACAGUCAUCGCUCCUGACACAAGCUCUGGAGGGGAGACAUUUGAGGGCCGCGACAGUACUCAUUGACAGGGGCGCCGAUCUGCAUGUUCGAAAUAGAGAAGGCGAAACCCCGUUGCUCUCUCUGCCGCGUAUCAUACCCGCAUAUGCGAGGAAGCCCACAACACUCGAUACCUUAACCUAG